AUGGCGGCACCAUACGAAAGACAAUGGAUCACUCCGCCGAAAAUUACGGCACCGUCAACACCAGAAGUGGAAAAAACGGUCACCAAGCCGCCAGAGCCAACGACGUCCCCAAUAUUGCCUCCCAAGACACCUCGAAAAUUCGUCCCAGCACUUCCCAGUAAUCCACGACCAAAGAGGCGUCCAUCAGAAGAUCUCAGAGACCCGCCUCAAGAUUUUCAAGCACCACUACCGAGUCGGGCGGCUAGCACCGCUGCUCGAGUAGAAACUGUUCGCCGUCCUUCUAUAUUGAAGUCUCCGAAGGCAGCAAGAAGUUUCAAUACCAAAUCUCCCGUCAGCCCGCCUCCAAUCAAAUUACCAUCACCAGUCCGAAGGGACUCUCGUGGAUGGCAGGAAGCAGUGAGAUCUCCGGUCAAGGUACCGUUGCCAGUUCGAAAAGAUUCCCUCGAAUCACAGAACGAUGCAACAUCUCCAGUCCAAGUGCCAUCGCCAGUACGAAAAGAUUCCUACAACAGCCCAACAAAAAAUGUCGAAUCUCCCAAAUCGUGGGCUCCCCAAGCGGUUGAUAGUCCAGUUCAAUCUCCUCUGAAUGCAAUUACUCCAAAUUCUCAAUUACAAGAACCUUUGUAUCUUCGUGUUAUCGACAUUCCAUCAUCACAGAGAUCAAGCGACACUAUGCCAGUGGGGUAUAGUUUGGAGGCAACGAACGUUGCAAACAACGUUCUCAGCGCAAGUCCGAUCGCUAUGACGCCUGGUGGCCUUCUAGAAUCUCUCGGUGCUGCGGACGCAAGUCCUCCAUCCUCUGGAGAUGAAUCAGAUCCUAAAACACCACUCACUCCUCUGAUUGAGGUCCGCCCAAGUCUACAACCAGCGCCAUUGAACCUCAAAGCCCAAGCUACCAUAGAGACUGUAGUCAUAGAACCUUCAGCACUGACACCUCCAGCGAAAACUCCAAGCCCGCCUCCAGAAACUGCUUUACCUCCCAUACCCGAGCCCAGACCAACGCAACCAGCACACAAGCGUGCCCUUUCCGUCAAAUUCAAGGCCCAAACAACCACAGAUCCAUCCCGACGCAAAACAUCCAACCCAUCAUCUCUGGGAUCGCUCGCUCCACGCUCCCUAUCAACCCACCUCCUCUCACUCGGCAACGCACCCCGCAAGCUCUACCUAGCCACCCACUCGCCCUUCCUCCGCUCCGUCAGCACCUGCAAAGCAAACACAGCCCUCCUCUCCCAAUACCUCGCCAGAGAACGCCUAUACCUCCACUCCACCCUGCGCCUGCUCUCCCUCCUCCUCGCCAACGUCAUUCUCCCCACCAGACCAUCCGGACUCGUCUCCCGACGCCGCGGCGGCAUCCGCGAUAAAAUGCGCCAAGAAAUUGAAAAAGCAGAACGCGAACGCAAAGCGCAAGCCCAAAAGGGGCAAAAAGAUUUCGGGCCCGGAAUGGGGGCCAACCUUGGCGUCGAAGUCGCGAGCGGAGUGGCGAAUCUCGGGAUGGGCAUGGUGCUCGGCGGCAUCGUCGGAAUCGGAACGGGUGUCGGGAUGAAAACCGCGUCCGGAUCCGCGGGCGUGGGACUUUCUAACUUGGGGAACUCGGCGACGGAUCCACCAGAGGAAGAAGAGCGGAUUUCGGAGGUGGUGGAGAAUGUGCAUAGAGAUGUCGGGGAGCGAGCUGUUGGUUUCUUGGUGGCGAGCAUUGCGAGGACGAGAAAGACGUUGGAUUUGUUUGAGGAGGUUAGUGAGGAUAUUUCGGGGAUUGAUUUGGAUGGGAGUGAAGCGGAGCAUGGGGAGGGAGGGGAGAUGACGGCGCUGACUAUGUUUACGAGGUUGUUUGGGGAGAUUGGUGGGGCGGUGGAGAAGAGGGAGAGGAGUGUUUUGGCGGGUUUAGUUAUGCUUUUUGCACGAGAGAAGGCACAUCUUGAUGCUUGGCUGGAAGUUAAAGCUACAUUAUCUACUCGCCCGCAAACCCGUCCAGCAUCAGUCUCGAUUUCUCAAAAACGCAAAUCAGAACCAGAUCGAGGCGCCAUCAGAGUCUAUCUCCUCCCGGAGUUCACUAGUGACGAAUCUGUGUCGUAUGUAGAAGAGCUAGGCAAGUUAGUAGAUGAUCUUUGGGCAGACAAGUAUAUCAAGCGAGAUAGGGACAGUCGAUUCUUGGAGCGAAAAGAUUUACUGGAGGCGAAAAAGGGAAGAAUGAGAGGUGGAGGAUGGGAGGAUGAUAUCAAAGGGUUAGAGGAAUUUUUCGAGAUGGUGUUAGAUAUUCAGGGGAGGUUUUGGCCUGUUUGCUAG